AUGAUCCUGGAAGGGAGAUAUAAUGAGGAGAUCGAAAAAUUGUAUGUCGUUUUGAAACAACUGAGUAGUAAUGAUAGUGUCGAGGAUUCCUGGGGGAAAUUACACACAUUGGAAUUGCUCACCCGAGACACCAUGAAGUAUUGUUUGAUCAGAAAGGGCUUUGAGAAUAAAGAUGGAGACAAAUGUUACGCUUCGGAAGUUACAAUAAGUUACUCUAGGUCUUACUGUGAGCCAAUAAUGCAUUUCAGGUUUUAUGACACCAGUCUCCCCGAUACACCGAUUAAUGAAAUAGAGAGUGUUCUUGAAAAGAAACUUCUAAAUACUGAAGAAUUCACAGGAUUUCAAAGAUCUUCGCAACAUCCAAGACAUGUCAUAAAUCCUGAUAUUCAUGGGCUCGCUGAUCCAGAAGUUCUGGAUAUUGAUGAUGUUUUGGAAGGCAAUGAUGAGGUACCACAAAACAAUACCAUGGACCAUAUUUUCAUCUAUUUGACCCUAGACUAUCAUACGGUGCUUGACCACCUGAUAUGGUUUUUCUUACAUCCUUGUGCCACGAGAGAUAUUGUACCCAAGAAUUCCCAAAACUAUUUGAUCGCAUGGUUCACAGUAUACGGGAAACUCAUUGAUUUCAAGGUUGAUCAGCUGGAGAUAAAAAAGGUUUUGACCAUCUGA